AUGAGUAAAAAUGACUUCAUCGGAGAGGUGACGCUGUCGUCGCGCUCGCUCAACCUUCCACAGGUUACCCAUGCCUGUCACGAGCAGUGGGCAGAAAAUGAUGACGUCACGACGACCGGUCGUUCAAUGGCAUACGCUGCAAGAGCGGAUGGAAAAGGAAAAAGAGACUAG